ACUUCACGGCAGACCAAAAAGAUCAUCCUAAAUAACCAGUAUACAUACGGCAACAAUGGGAGGGAACACACUCGCUCAACCGCUGAACUGUUGAAUCGGACACUUCGAACUGUCGUGUGGUUUCCAAUCGCACCUAUCAUUUCACAGUGGUUUAACUCGGCGCUAAUCAUUGUCCGUCACUAUACAGCGCACCCCUACUUCAAUCUCGAGUACAUAAACUUAUCCCUCUUUUCACUGAUGACGAUCCUCAUGGCCGCUGCAUUUGUCUUUAACCCAAUGGUCAUGGACUUUCUGCGUGACUACAGACGAUUGCGACCAUCAACCAGGCGUGAACACUCGGUAGGACAGCUGCACCAGCAUCCAGUGGGACUGAAUUUCCGCACCCGCUCAUUAUCUUCGUAUUCGUCGCUCGAGCUUGGUUCCCAGCUGUCUCUUGCUGAUCUCUACUAUACCCAAUAAAGCAUUACCGUUGUACACUUGUUUCACCUGGCCAUGACUUGUAUCCGGGCUCUACAAUGCGGCCGGCCAAUGCCAACUAAAAAGGAGCAUGUUUGGGAGCA